UUAGAACCCAUCAGUGAAGCUGAACAAUCUUCGUUUUGCGUUGAACUGAUGAAGCGACUCAACAUGCAGCGACAACAGUCCUAUUUCUGCAAUAUAAUCUUAGUAGCGAAAGAAGGUAAUGAAUUUAAGGCCCAUAGAAAUGUGCUAUCGGCUGCGAGUCCGUUUUUUUCAAAGCUUCUUCAGAGCGAGAUGAAAGAGAAAGAGGAAGGAGUUAUUCGUUUCGAGGAGAUUUCGAAAUCGAUCCUCUCAGAUGUUUUGGAGUUCAUCUACACAGGAAGUGUCGAGAUAAAUGAAAAGAAUGCCAGGGAUCUGAUAAUCGCAGCCGACUAUUUACUGCUUGAGUCUUUAAAAACUAUCUCCGGGCGAUUUCUAGAGAAGCAAAUGUCCAGCUACAAUUGCAUUUCAACCAUUCACUUUGCCGAGAAAUAUCGGUGUGAAGAACUUGUUCUUCGCAGUACAAAGUUCAUUCAAGACAACUUCACUUCCGUAGCAAAGUCAGACGAAUUUUUAAACUUGGAUGCAGAAGAAGUUGAAAAGUGGAUUUCAAGUGAAAAUAUCUUGGUUGCAGCUGAAGAAGAUGUGUUCAAAAUAAUAGUUAACUGGGUCGAGCAAAACAAAGGCGAGCGAAAAGACAAGUUUGAGCAGCUUUUUUGUCAUGUCCGACUGGUCAUGCUUUCGCGUGACUCUUUGUUCUCUGAUGUUGUGACAAAUGAACUGGUAACAGAACAUUUUUCUUUUUCUUCAAGUGCUUCAAGAAGAAGGCUUGAAACGGAGGCCAUUGUAGUACGUGGGGGAAAGAAAACCUACUGUUACCUUCCCGAGAAAGAUGAAUGGAAGCGGCUAGCAGACGGAUUAUCAGAAGACCGAAACCACACUACACAGAUAAUAAAAUUCCGUGAUCAGCUGUAUAGUUUUCCUCGGAGAAGAAAUGCUGAAACAGAAAGAUAUGACCCUGCUUUCAACAGCUGGACCACAUUAAAGUUACCCCUUCCAAAUGAUACAUUCUCGUUGGCUGUUGUUAAUGGGCAAAUCCAUGCUAUGUACCGACGGUUGCGUCGAGAGGCCGAUCCGGGGCCUCAUUUCGCAUUCCACAGCAGACGCUAUGAGUUGGUGAUUAAAAGAUACAAUGUGGAGUUGUGCACCUGGGAGACUCUGUCAUCCUCUCAGGACUCCCACUAUCAGAACGACUCUUGCAUUGUUGCCUUUGGCAACUGUCUGUAUAUUCUUGGUGGUGGAUGUAGUAAUAAAGCUAGCAGAUUUGAUACUGCGGAGAGCAAAUGGGAGAAAAUUGCGUCAAUGCCAAUUUCAGAGUUUAGUCCCUGUGGUGUUGCUACUCGAAAGAAGAUUUUUGUUACUUCUGCCCGUGAGCAGCAAUGUGAAGUGUACCAGGUUUCCACUGACGAAUGGCAUACCAUUCCAAGUUUGAACUUUACCCGCCCAGUUUUUUCACGUAGUUUGGUGUGUCUUAACGAAACAGUUUAUGUAGUGGGUGGUGCUGAAAAAAAUUCGUCCCAGCUAGCCGAGAUUGUAGUUAAUAGCUAUGAUCCCAAACUAAGCAAGUGGAUCCAGAAGACCUCCAUACCUAUCAACAAGAGCUCUGACGAAGAAACUUAUUCAUUUCAAUGCUCAACAUUGAAACUCUCUAAAGGAUUGCUCACGAAACCAAAAAUAGUUACAAUUGGCUAG